UGUCUUCUAACUUUGCUCUAGUCUAGACGAAUUUUUCCCUUUUUUUUUUGUUUGUUUGGUGAUAAUGUCGGAUGAAGGAGGAGGUCUAGCGAUCAGGAGUACGACAAGUUCUUGCGUAGAGCUGGCCCAAGACACAAGCUGAUGAAGCAUCAGCUUGCGGCUGCAAAAUAUAUAGAUCUAUAAUUGGCCCUAUUUCACAUAAAGUUCCUUUAAUCUAGUGGUAUAAACAGUGGAAAGGAGUCUAGGUGUCAGGAGUUUGACUCUCAAAACUCUUAUUUAUUUGUGUUUUCAUUAAAAAUUUUUUUUUACAGACCUAAAAAUAUUUGUGGGCCUGUGGCCUCAUAAUUCUCUGCUGUGAGAUCAUCCCCAAUGAUCAAUGUAAUCAAACGAUGCCUUCUUACGCGGACUCUGAGCGGUUGAUUGGCGAUGCUGCCAAGAUUCCGGAUAACACUGUCUUCGAUGCAAGAAAACAGGAAGAGGAUGAAGAAGCUAAGCAACUAUUAGUAGAUAUGAUAGUGAAUGAAACAAUGAAGAAUCCCACUUUCAUGGAAAGCUUAAGAAAAACCAAAGUAGAUACCGCAUGGGACGAAAAGAGAAAACAAGAAAAAGAGGAGCUGAAGGAGAAAAGAGAUGAAGAAAAAAAGAGAGGAGCAGCAGAAGAAAAAACAAGACAAGGCCAUGGGUAAGAAGAACAUAAAAUAAUUGUUUAAGCAUAGUUGUAAUAACUUAGUAGGGUUAUAUGGAUUUAUGAUUUUAUGGAUUUGAAAAUCCAGUGUUAUUGGUUCUUUGUUAAUUAGGUUUAAGUUUGACUUCACAAUUUCACCAUAUCUCCAAAAUAAUAAAUUAUACAUGUAAAAGGAA